AUGGGCACUCAACCCAAAGCGCACGGAUUGACAACCUGCGAUCCGAUGGUGGCUACAGCGCCUACGAAGAGGCGAAAGCUAUCGCCAUUGAAUGAAGAUACCAACAAGACAAGUAAUGGCGUAGAUGCAACUUUUCAAGAUGACUUCGUCAGAAGCGCUGCUAGAUGGAAUCUCGAACAAGCCUACGAGGAGAGGCCGCGGAAGGAGAAGAAAUCAGCCAAAGAAAGCUCGAGAUUACCAAUCAAAACUUAUGACGGAAAAUUACAAUACCUUCGAGAGUUGGAAAAAGAUGAAGGCGUCUCAGAUGAUGCGCCAAGCUUGGUAGAUGGAGACGAGGAUGUGCAAGCUGUGGAAGACGCACGUGUGACCGAACAAGGAGCGUCGAUCCCAGAAUGGAAACAAUUUUCUGAAGCGAAGGCAGAAAUGGCACGGAUAGCGAUUCAAAUCAAUGCUGAUCCCGAGGAGAAUGUGGCUGGCUUCAAAAGGUUGGCCCAGAUAGCUUCCUCUCCCAACCAGAAGAUAAAGGCGCUUGCCCUGGCUACACAAAUGGCAGCGUAUAAGGACGCUAUUCCUGGAUAUCGGAUCAAGCCCCAUACAGAUACAAUCCAAAAGGAUAAAUUAUCCAAGGAUGUAAGGAUACGCAAUACGUUUGAGCAGUCCCUCGUCAGUUCCUAUCAGACCUAUCUGCAAGACUUAGCGCUAUGUGCUACGGGGCAAUUGGACCCAAAAGCUUCCAAAUCUGGCCUCGUGAAGACUGCGGUAUCCUGUGCUUCUCAUCUUCUAAUUCAAAAGUCACAUUUCAAUUUUCGAGGAGAACUGCUGAAGAUCAUAAUCAGCGAGCUAUGUAAAGGCAGAAUGGAUGAUAUAUUUCAAACUUGCUGUAAAACAUUACAGACCUUCUUCCAAGACGACGAAAAUGGUACACCAUCGCUUGAGGCCGUAACAAUGAUUGCCAAGGCAAUGAGAUCGCGGCGCUACCGGGUCGAUGAGAGUGUCUUGAAUGUUUUCCUUCAUCUCCGAUUACUUUCUGAAUUUUCGUCGAAAGCAUCUCGAGACCGUGUAGAUAGUGACGUCGAAGAUGACUCGAGAGGCAAAAAGAUCAGGUUCAAGAAAGAAUUCAGGACGAAAAAAACGCGAAAGGUGAUGAGAGAACAGAAGAAAGUGGAAAAAGACUUGAAGGAGGCAGAUGCAAUUGUAGAUCACGAACACCGUGAUCGAAUGCAAGCAGAGACGCUCAAAGUCGUAUUUGGCUGUUACUUCAGAAUUUUAAAGGAGCGUGUCCCAAGUUUGAUGGGUGCUGUGCUCGAGGGACUGGCCAAGUACGCCCAUCUCAUUAACCAGGAUUUCUUUGGCGACCUCCUAGAAGCACUCAAAGAUCUGAUAAAUGAUGCCAGCUUUUCUCUCGAGCCAAAAGAGGAUGGAGAACUUAACGAAGAGCCUAAGUCACCUGACCAAAAAUCCCAAGACUCAACCCGCUCCAUCCUCCUCUGCAUAACCACAGCAUUCACCCUGCUUGAAGGCCAAGACGCCUCGAAAUCCGCCUCGUCGCUUGGUCUCGACCUCGAUUUCUUUACCCAGCACCUCUACCGGUCGUUACACUUCCAAUCCCUUAAUACAGACGUUGAAUUAUCCGCUAAAACUCUCCGCCUUCCUGAUCCUGACAUACCCAACGCCAACGCCUUCACCAACAAUGAAGACUUGAAAAUCAAUUUUCAAACAACGAUAGUACUCCUCCUGCGGGCUCUCUCAUCCGCCUUGACACCUCGUUCUACGCCUCCGAUCCGACUAGCAGCUUUUACGAAGCAACUGUAUACAUCAUCGUUGCAUCUGCCGGAGAAAUCAACUCUUGUACUUCUAAGCCUAAUGGAUGAUGUGGGGAAGGUUCAUGCGAGGAAGAUAGGGGGCCUAUGGAAUACGGAGGAGCGGAAGGGUGACGGCGUCUUUGAUCCGUUUAGGAAAGAAGUGGAGGGGAGUAAUCCUUUUGCUAGCACGAUCUGGGAGGGAGAGUUAUUGAAAUGCCAUUUUAGUCCUGGUGUCAGGGAGCGGACGAGAGUGGUGGAAAAGGCUGUGGCGAGGAUUUGA